AUGUCCACUAUGAACGUCGAGAUCCAGAAGCGCAAGCCCAAGUCGGCGAUGGCUCACCGGUCGGCCGCUGGUCGCCCGAUCGUUCCCCUCCGCGCUCUUGCCACACCCAACCCCAACAUCUCCCAACCCCCCUCGACGCUGCUCGGCAAGCCCGGCCUUACCCACGACAAGAAGACCCACACCCACUUGCACACCACUCCUUCCCACGCGCCGCGCCAGCCAUCAACCAAACUGGACCCGCCGCGCCCCGAGCCCGAAUCCGUUGACCCGAUCGUGGCCGAACGCGAACGUCGCGCCAAACAUGCACGUUUGAGCAUGGCACGCGAACCACCACCUUCGUCGCGCACGCGCCGCGAGAGUGUGCACGACGCCGACAAGGCGCUGUCGCAUCCCUUCUCUCCACCACGCAACUCGAGCAACUCGUCGAGUGCAGGACACUCGAGUACCCACUCGCACGGACAUGGCGUCACUGGCGUGAUGACCUCGCCUCUGCCUGGCGCGUUUUCCCUCGAUGCCGCGUCACCCCGCAUGUACCCUACCAACAACCCUCACCCACUCAGCAGCCCCAUCAACCACCACAACGUCACUGAGCGUCGCAAAGUGGCCCGCAAGAUUCUUGUGAGGGCCGAUACGCCUCCGGACAUGGCGACCUUUCGCCUCAUCCGCUAG